AUUCUCUUGUAGCGGUUGUCGUUGUAGUAGUAGGUAGCUGUAAGUGAUAUUACUCAUCCUUAUUAUUUUUCGUAUAUGUUUCUACAAUGUGAACGUGGUAGUUUUUUUUUUACAUUCCUUCACGUUUCAUUUUACUUCAGUACUAUUUACUGUUUACUAAUUGUAUAGCUCCAUAUUUUGGAUCCUAUGAAAAUGAUCUUCUCCACUCCAAGGACAGUCAGCAGGCAUUCUUGAGGAAUAAUUUAAUUUUUCCUCGCAUCAGAUCAAUUUUUUAGUGAAUUUUCCAUCCAGUAAGGCUGUAGAUAUCAACAUGCCUAAGAAGAAGACAGGCCAACGCAAAAAGGCAGAGAAGCAGAAGUUACGUCAAAAAGAAAUCAGAAGCGCCAAAGAUCACCUCUCCCUGGCUCAAAAUCCGUGUAAUGCUUCAAUGGAGUGUGAAAAAUGCAAAAGAAAACAAAAGAAUCGAGCUUUUUGUUAUUUUUGCUCAAGCACUCAGCGGCUUCCUCAGUGUGCAAACUGCGGAAAAGUUAAGUGUAUGAGCAAGACUGGAGACUGUGUCAUCAAACAUUCAGGUGUAUUCACGACUGGUCUAGCAAUGGUGGGAGCUAUUUGUGACUUUUGUGAGGCCUGGGUCUGCCAUGGUAGAAAGUGCCUAACAACUCAUGCUUGCACCUGCCCUUUAGCCGAUGCGAACUGUCUGGAGUGCGAGAGAGGUGUCUGGGAUCAUGGUGGCAGAAUUUUUAAGUGUUCAUUUUGCUCAGGGUUUUUAUGUGAGGAUGAUCAGUUUGAACACCAAGCUUCUUGUCAAGUAUUAGAGUCCGAGAACUACAAGUGCCAAUCUUGCAACAAAUUAGGUCAGUACACAUGCUUGAAGUGCAAAAUUUGUUAUUGCGAAGACCAUGUCCGCAGGAAAGGAUUCAAGUACGAGAAAAAUAAAGCAAUACCCUGCCCCAAGUGUGGUUAUGAAACAUCUGAAACUAAAGACCUCAGCAUGUCCACUCGAAGUCACAAGUAUGGUCGACAGAGCCAAGGUGGAUAUGGUGAUGAUGAUGAUGAUGACGACUAUGAUAAUUACAGCAGCUAUGGUGCUGGUGCCAGUUAUGGUGGAUAUGAAGGUGGUGAUAGUCAAAAUGAUUCGGAUUCCGAUGAAGAUGAUGAUGAUUAUGAGCUUGAUGAAUCAGAGGAGUCGGAGGAAGAUUCCAGUACUGGAGACUCGGAACCAGAGAAGAAAAAUUGAAAUGCAGGAGAAUUAAAUAUGGCAGUGUGGCAGCAAUGAAUUGUAACCACACCCCUCCUGCAUGCAGCAGAAAAAGAGUUUACCUCAAUUUUCCUCUGGGAUAUAAACAGUGUAACAAUUUUAUAUGUCAGUUCUAGCAUUGAAUCUGUGAUUCUUCAAACAGUAUGCAAUACUCUCUAUUUUAUUAAACCGCCAAUCAGUUUAUUUUUCACUGCAAGAUGGUUAAUACUAUCAUAAAAAAGAACCUUCUUUUAUACUGAGCCCGAGAAUUUUCUCAGUGUUCUUCACUGUUUUUGUUUUCUCUUUUAAAAUAAAUUAAUUUCUUUGAAAAGA